AUGAGCUCCUCCAUAAACAAUUGGUUGGGUUUCUCCCUCUCUCCUCAACAACAGCAGCAGCAGCAACAGUCUUCUGACCAUUCUCAAUCUCAGCAGCACCACCAUUCUGGUUUUGCCUCCUCCUUCAACAACAACAAUGAUCUUUCAGUCUCAGGAGAAGGAGGAGACUGCUAUAUGGGGCUUGGUGGUGGCGAUUCUCAAGCCACCACCCUCAGCAGGCCAGACGGUCCUUUUGGGAUCUUAGAAGCGCUCAACAGACCUCAUCAAAACCAAGAUUGGAGCGUGAAGAGCUUGAGCGUGGGCAUCAUCAACUCCGACUCGAGUUGUUACGGUGGUGGUGGCGGUGGAACGACCACCAAUGUUAUAGCAGAACGGCAGCAUCAAGAUGGAGUAGGAAGACCAAAGCUUGAGGAUUUCCUAGGCGGUGCCUCCCUCGGAGGAGGAGGAGGAGGGAGCACCACCCACUAUACUGGUGGUGGUGAGAACAACAACAACAAUAACAACAUGCUAUUCUCAAUGGACUGCUCCUUGCAGCUUCCUUCCAAUGGGAAUGGGAACAACUCAUCGUCGUCGUCGAUGUUAGGGCUGUCGAUGAUAAAGACUUGGUUGAGGAACCAGCCACAUUCAUCUUCCACCGAGAAUGAUGGAGGAGGAGCAGCGGUAAGCAACACUCAUCAGACACUGUCACUCUCCAUGGGCACUGGUGGUGGCAGCACACAUCAUCAGCAGCAGCAAGGCCCCAUUCAAAUCCCUUUGCCUCUCCCGGCGCCUAUGGCAGUGCCCGGUGAGAGUUCGUCCUCCGACAACAAUGUGAAGCAGCAGAAGCCUCCUCCUCUCGACCAGGCGGGUGCCAUUGAGCCAGUGCCAAGGAAGUCUAUCGAUACAUUUGGCCAACGAACUUCCAUUUACCGUGGUGUCACAAGGCAUAGGUGGACUGGGAGAUAUGAAGCUCAUUUGUGGGACAACAGUUGCAGGAGAGAAGGGCAAACCCGCAAGGGUCGACAAGUUUACUUGGGUGGUUAUGACAAAGAAGAAAAAGCGGCAAGGGCUUAUGAUUUGGCAGCUCUAAAGUACUGGGGAACCACUACCACCACAAAUUUCCCGAUAAGUAACUAUGAGAAGGAGGUAGAAGAGAUGAAACAUAUGACCAGGCAGGAGUAUGUGGCAUCCCUCAGGAGAAAGAGCAGCGGUUUUUCCAGGGGAGCAUCAAUUUACCGUGGUGUUACAAGGCACCAUCAGCAUGGAAGAUGGCAGGCAAGGAUAGGGAGGGUAGCAGGGAACAAAGAUCUUUACUUGGGGACCUUCAGCACUCAAGAGGAGGCAGCGGAGGCAUACGACAUUGCUGCGAUAAAGUUCAGGGGUUUGAAUGCAGUGACAAACUUCGACAUGAGCAGAUACGAUGUGAACAGCAUUAUGGAGAGCAGCACUUUGCCCAUUGGAGGAGCUGCCAAAAGAUUGAAGGAGUCAUCUGAUCAAACCACCAACCACCCCAUGCCAUUGCCAUUGCCAUUGCCAUUGGGGGAGAGCACCAUGCCCAUGCCCAUGGCCAUGCCUAUGGCCAUGCCAUUGCCCAUGAGCAUGAGAAGAGCAACGGAUGAAGACAACAUUAUCUCCAUGGCUAAUGCUGCUGCUUCACACAUGACGACAAACGAGGGCAUCGCUACUGCUGCCGGUUAUGGGUGGCCCAUAUUAGGAUUUCAUCAUCAGCCAUUGACCACCCAACACUUUCCCUACUCCCACUCCCAAAACCCCCAGCAGAGGGGAGGUUGGUGCAAAUCAGAAAGGCAGCAGCACGAGGAAAGCAACAGCAAUAGCAAUAGCAGUAACAUCAUGCAAGAAGCCCACCAACUCCAUCUUGGGGGUGGCAGCAAUAAUACCCACAACUUCCUCCAACAGCAAGCAUCUGUGUUACACAACCUCAUUAGUUUAGAUUCUCCGUCGUCCUUCGAUCAGACUUCCGCCUCGAAUUCCAUCAUAUACACAGGUAGCAGCGGCUAUCAAUUGGGUGGGCCCAUUGGCACCACUAUAAUACCAACCGGUGUCAAUCCCCAUGUUGCAGAUCAUCAUCAAGGAAGCCUUGGAGAAGGAGAAACCAAGCAAUUGGGUUUUUAUGAGAAUGGUUAUUUGUCAGUUGCUGCCGACCCUUACUCAGCAGGGGCAAGGAAUGUUUACUAUCUGCAGCAGAACCAGUCAAAGGCAAACAACAAUGGCAACUAUGAUGAUGAUAGCCACCAUCAGACUAAUAACAACAACAUCAGUAGUUGGAUGAUCCCAACAACUUCCCUCCAGGCUUUGGCACCCACCAGAUCAUCAUCAAACCUUGCAGCAGUUUGCCAUGCCACUCCGAUUUUCUCGGUGUGGAACGACACAUGAUGAUGAUACACCCAUGCAUGCUCCCUAUCAAUCUUAUUGUUCACUUGUUUCUCUCCAGUGAAACAGUAACAACAGCUCCUCCACACCACCCUCCCCCUCAACAGUAUCAAUGAACAAAAAACCAAAAGAAAAACAAAAAGGAAAAGAAACUAAGAAAUAGCAAGAAAGAUGUACACAGCAUAGCAUAGUAUAGCAUCGUAGCUUAGCUCCUGAUUUUGAUUUUUUCCUCAAGGAACUAAGGUGACAGGAUACAAGGUGGUUCUGAAGUUCAGAUGCUGUGGAUUUUGGGAACUUCAGAGGGAUACAAGAUGGAUACAUCUCUAACAACCAGCUGGCUUUGUAAAUUUCAAAUUACAAAUAAACAAAACAUUGGAUUAACUUCCUCCCCUUUUUGUUUGUAUACCUAUAAAUUAUGAUUGGUAGUUACAAUGGAGAAUCAUAAUUUCAGAUUAGUCAUUGUCUGCUGCAUUCAUUGUAGAAGAGAAUCAUUAACUGCUUUGUUUUUGUUAUGUUUUCAUUUUUGUUUUUUUUGGCCUGAAACUGGAUUCUGCAGAUUCUUCAUUCUUCAGGACAACAUUUCUAGUUUUACCUUAAAACAUCUGAUUCUUCAGUAAUAUGUUUGUCUUUCCUUCUUUUUUCCCCCUUUUAGAUUCCUAACCUGAAUUCUCAAUACCAUACAUUCUUUGAGAUAUACAAUACUAUUUUAUUUUUCCUCACUAAAACAUCUGCUUGAUCUCCUUUUCUUUUGUAAUUAAAUUAAUAUAUGAUAAAAGUUAAUUAAAAUGAGAAAUUGUGGUACAACUUCUGAGAGCAAACAAACCCACAGAGAGUUAGCAUAGGGAUAGGCUCACGCCUCAUAAUGGGAUUAAAAUACAUAAGAAGCAAGGAGCUCUAUUAUCUCAUCAAAGAUAUCCUCCACACCAAAAUUUAGUAGUAGACUCAGUUUCAAUGAAGGCUAACCAUGUUCUCUGCAGAUUUAAAAAUGGUUCAUUGUACAAUUGACACUUCCGAAUGCUUCAACCGAAGGCCACAAAAUAGGCAAGCAUAGCCUCGAAAUUGGAUCCAUGGAGCUGAUUUUUCAUUAACAAAAACUCUUUACAUUUUCACAUUUUGCAACACCUAAAAGUAUAUCAAGCUGCUCUUUUUUUACACUUUUUGAAUGUUAACGACUUCUCAUUAAAAAAAACAGAGUACAGAAGAAGAAGUAGAGACAGGGGUCAUCAACUUUCAAACAAAACCAACCAACACCUGAACAUCCUAACCCUCAAUUACCCUACACUACAAACAAACCAGAAUCCCUACUAACCAUAGUCCUCUAUAGACCCCACAAGCUGAUCCCUUAUUCCUCCCCACCGAGCCUUAACGUCAUCCCAUCGACAAUAAGAACAUAGGUCAGGGUUGGGGCAACAUGCUGACGGCACCCAAACUUCUCAUAAACCUUCUUCACAUGGCAGCAUCUAAAGGUGUCGGCUCAACCAGCAACUGCAAAUUAGGGUAUAAAAAUAAAGCAAGAGAGAAGAGGACGGAAUGAAGAACCAUAGAGAUGGAAAGUUGGGAACCAAGACAAGUCGAUAGGGAAACGGAUCAAGAACCUCCUCUAGGACAUUGUAAGAGGCCAGAAUAAAAGAGAUCUUACUCCUAAAAAGGAUCAGACCUCCAUGACAGGGGUCAAAAUUGCCCACAGCAAGGCUUACCCUGCCUUAGGCGUUAACCUUCACUGACCUAGUACAGGGGAAUUUCAGGUCAAAGAGCUAACUCAUGAAUCCAGAAAAACCACAAUAGAGUUCCGAACCCUAGAGGAAGGGAUAACUCUAUUUUAGACAUUAAGGGAAAAGAAGGUCACCAGGAGAGGUAGAUCUCAGACGAAGGUGAGGAAGAGUGAAGGAUGGAGAGAGACGAAAGAAAGGAAGAGAGGAGGAAGGGAAAGGGAGCGGGGUGAGCCACACCUCGGAUGCUCUCUCUCAGGAAAAAGAACACAAAAACUACCUCAGGGGGACAAUACACAAGAGAGAGAGAGAAGGGAGGAAGGGAGAGAGAGAGUGGAGGAAGGAAAGAGUGUGACAACUACGAGUCACAGAUCAGGGGACAAGGUCCCAGAUUUGGAAGAGAGAGAGAGAGAGAGAGAGAGAGAGAGAGAGAGA